UAUUAGAGAAUAGGUAUUAGCAUUUUUGUUAUAAUUUUUAACUUCGUCAGUUCACUUCUUGACUGCACAAAUUUUUGUUAUGGGAUUUUUAAAAAAUAUCGUAAUUCGUGCAUCGUGCUGAUGUAAACGAGACUUUGGGUAAACGUCAUGGACGAGAGUCAAGAGCUGUGAAAAUCGUAGUGUUCCAACAUAAAGUGUGUUCCGAUAAAAACGCUUUUUUUUUACGAUUAUAAAAAACAAACAAGAUUGUAAACAUUAAUAAAAUCCCCAAAAAAAAUUCAAAACAAAGUUAUACGUCGGUCAAGUUACCUCGAGUGUGUCAUUUAAGAGAGAAACGUCACAUAACCUUUCAGUAAUACGUCGCGAAGCGAUCGUGGAAUAUUUUUUUUACAAUUUUUGUGUUGCGAAAACAGUGAAAUUAAUUCGUGACAGAUAAAAAUGAAGAAUCUUAAAACGUGAGUGUGUAAACCGGGGAGUUUUGAAUAGUGAAUAACCUUGGCUUUUGAAGAAACGACAACAAAGAGCGACGAUUUUUUCUUAUUCUCAAAUAUAAAGAAGUGGAUAAUGAGAAAAAACAAUAAAAAGGGAUAAGAUGAGCAGUCGAAAUUUGGACUCGGUUAAAAAAUCGUAACGAAACACGAUUCGUGGCGUUUUUUUGUUUUUCAUUUCUUCUCUAUUUAAACAUACGCGUGGCUAUAGAAAAUAGUAUAAAUUUAUCGAGAAGAAAGUAAAAUUUCUGCAGUUCUGAAAUUUCUUACGAUUUGCAGUUAUUUUUGAAUAAUUUCCCUUCAAUUUGACAAGAAGCGAACGACAUAUGAAAACGUCAAUUUUCGGGGGUGGGGAAAAAAUCAAUCGUAAUCAAUUUUCGAUUCAAUUUGAGUACUAAUGAAUGAAACUUGUUGAAUGUGUCAACGACGAUGAUGCUGCACUAUUUAUACAUGUCAAAAACUUCAGUGCAGCUAUCACAGAAGCAGUCAAAUGGGAAAUGAGGAGAAAAGCAGCAUGUAAAUUGUAUUAUAUGCAUAAAAGAGAGGGAAAAAAGGAAAGCUGAAAAAGAAACGGAGGAAAGCAAAGAAGUGAAACGCCAUCGAGAUGUACAGCUUUGAAGGAGAUUAUCGGCGGAAGCCACAGCAGAAUCUGGCAGGAGCGAGUCGCAGGGAUGAAAAAGCAGUUCUGUUGCAACAUGCAAAAUUAGAACGCAUGAAAAGAGAGCAACAGCGUCGUCAGCACAACGCGGCUGUGAAAAUUCAAGCACACGCUCGCAGUUAUGUGGAACGAAAAAAAGUGCGAAAACAUUACCGAAAAGAAUUUGAUGAAGCUCAAAUUGCAGUGGGAGACAAACGUCUUAGUCUUGAAGAUUUGAAUCCUUUCUUUCGUACUCUCUUGUUUUUUUAUGAAAGCAACAUCGACGCCAAUCGCCUUGUCUGGCUGCUUCAACAUGUUCUCAAAUAUCAGAAAGAAAUUAAAAUUCAAACCCGACAAUCCACCAUCUGGCUAUGGAGAUUGCGAUGGAUUUUGCGUGUCUCAAUGAAAUAUACAGAAGAUGCAAUCAAUUCUGAUAAAGCUCAAUAUCUGGCAGUUCCUUUGCGAGUGAUCGAAGUUUUCACCGGUCAAAACGAGACUGAAAUAGCUCUUGGUGACAAAACUGUGGAAUAUUUGAAAGACGUUUUCUACGAUCUCGUACAAAAUGGUUAUUUUGAAUUGGUGAAAAAGCUAUUGGACACCAAAGUGCCACCGAUGCUGGAGGAGACUCCGACACCCCCGACUGCGAUGUCAAAAUGUCUAUUCGAAAUGCUCGAUCGUCCUCUCAGUCUCGUCAAACGUUUGGAAAACUCUAGCGAUGAUUUUACUCUUCUCAUACUUCGCCAAUUUAGCCUGAGCAUUUUGGCUCCCAAAAUGACCGAACCCAUCAAAAUGUUUGUCAUUCCUGCAUUCGCCAAUCUGAAGAACUUCCCUUAUGCUCAAUUGAUCGCUUGCAUCAAUCGACUGGACAUCGAACCCACUGCGAGCCUUCUCUACGCUGUACUCUCACUCGAGCCUGAAGAUUUUUGUUCAGGAAAGUCGGAGGAUCAAUUAUCGAGUUAUCUGCGAGUUCUGGCGAGUCUGAGCGUCCGAACAUGUCGACAAGUUCGUGAGAGAUCGAGUCUUGAGGACGAAGAAUCGAGCGAGGAAGAAAACGAGGUCGAAAUGGUGGACGAGUCAGAUUGGGAAGUGAUGAGGCGCUGCAUAGAGUUGGUGAACGAGGAAAGUCGAGUGCAAGGAAUAUUGGCGGGAUUGGAUCGUUCGGGUGAGGGCGGAGCGUCGCUGGAGCCGUUGUGUCAACUGUGUCACAAUUUAUUGAUGACGAAUAAAUUGGCAGUGCACAAAUACAAGUUGCUCUACAUGCUGGCGUUCAAGCCAACGUUUUUGCGAAAUUUAUGGAACUCUCUGUUGACUUUGCGUCAAACAUCGUUGUUCGGUGGAAGCUCGACGCCUUUGCUCCAGUUGGUAGCGUGCGGGGGGCCCUUGACGGAGGAAGAUUCCCGGAAGAUAGUUUCGCUGCUCGCAGUGUUUUGCUCGCUCUUCAGUCUCCUGAUCGCGACGCUUCACGACAGUGAAUUUUUCGUUGACGGUAAAGAAGAUCGAGUGAUUUACAACGAGGAGGAAGACCAGCUGGCAAUGCCGUUCGCGACUUCGGCCCUGGUGCCGCUUUCCGGGCAUCUAAAGGGCGUUUGUUUGGGCCUGGUGGAACGAGCUUUUCCGGAAAGCGGUCCGAUCGUCCCGGACGAUUAUAGAUCCGCGGUUCUCGGGGCUGGAGAACCGAGAGACUCUCCGGGUAGAAGAAAGCUGACGAACAGCGCCCUGGGCUGGAGCCACCUGUUCAAGGUGACCGUGGGCCUGCUCCGGCAGCUCCACACGAGAGACUUACGUCGGCAAUUCUGCCCCGAAGGCCACUGGAUCGCCACGAACGUCACGAUCCCCAUGGACAAACCUCAAGACUUCAUGUUUCCUCGUAGAAGAUUACGAGGCUACGUUCCUUUCCAAGGUCUCCGAGCUUUUACUCAGGAAAUUCGAACCUUGACGCUCCUCCGGGAGAUUCCCUUCGUCGUGCCUUUCAACGAUCGCGUUCUCGUUCUCCAGUCGCUCAUUUACCGGGACAAACUCGAGCAGCAAGGAGAACUCUCGCAUUUUAUGCAAGGACCUUCGAUACAAAUCGCCGUGAGACGAAGGUACCUUUACGAAGACGCAUUCGAGAAUCUCUCUAUGGAAAACGAGCCCGAGCUGAGGCUCAAAAUGAGAGUCCAGCUCGUAAACGCCGCUGGACUCGAAGAAGCUGGCGUCGACGGCGGUGGCUUGCUCCGAGAGUUCCUCUCCGAGCUACUCAAAACGAGCUUCGAUCCGAACCGCGGAUUUUUCAGGCUCACCAAAGACAACAUGCUCUACCCCAACCCCACGGUCCAUCUCCUGGUCGACGAUUUUCCUACGCACUAUUAUUUCAUUGGGAGAAUUCUUGGGAAAGCUCUCUACGAGAAUUUGCUCGUUGAAUUACCUUUCGCUGAGUUUUUCCUGUCGAAAAUCGUUGGACGACAAUCCGACGUCGAUGUCCACCACCUGGCGAGCCUCGAUCCAGUCAUGUAUCGAAACCUUCUUUACCUCAAAAGCUACAAAGGUGACGUCGCUGAUUUGGGACUCGACUUCACUGUUCUCAGCGACGAGCUCGGCGAAAGACGUGUCGACGAGCUCAAACCUUACGGAUCUAAUAUUCCUGUCAACAAUCACAAUCGCAUUGAAUAUAUUCACCUCAUGGCCGAUUACAAACUCAAUAAACAGAUCAGGGCUCAAUGCUACGCUUUCAAACAAGGCAUUGGCAACGUCGUACCUCUUGAAUGGCUGCAAAUGUUCAAUAACAAAGAACUCCAGGUUCUCAUAUCGGGUGCACAAAUUCCUGUCGAUGUCGAAGACCUCAAACUACACACUAAUUACACCGGUGGAUACGCACCCGAACAUCCGACUAUUGUGAACUUCUGGAAAGUUGUUAACGAAUUUAGCGACCUCCAGAAAGGACAGCUACUUAAAUUCGUCACUAGCUGCAGUCGACCGCCACUCUUGGGUUUUAAGGAACUCGACCCCCCAUUUUGCAUACAACACGCGGGAACGAUCGACCGUUUGCCGACGUCAAGUACGUGUAUGAACCUUCUAAAAUUGCCCGAAUUUCCGGACGAGGUAACACUGCGAGAGAAAUUAUUGUACGCGAUCCAAGCUGGAGCAGGUUUCGAAUUGAGUUAAGCCGAAUAAAGGAAGUUCGAUGUAGAAGAGAGAAGAGCACAAUUUCCUGAUGAUCGCAGGAAAAAAUGAUCAUCGAACAAUCGCAGUGUUUCGAACUCUUAUCCGGUGGCAAUUGGUACAAAAUCCGACAAAAGGGGCGCUGCUCUUGUGCAGUCAUGACAAAAAUGGCCGUCCUUAAAAAAACUCUAAAAUUUGGAGGUUAGAAUUGAAUUUUUGCAAAGCAACAAUCACAAUCUUUAUUAUGAUUAAUAAUAUUACAUUGUUAUUAGAGAUUUUCAAUCGUGUCAAUGUUUGAUCAGGCAAUCGCAUUAGUUGAGUUUCUUUAGAGUUUCUUUCGCUGCUUGAUUUAUCGAAGCGAUAAAAACCUCAUGCGACGGCCAUUCUGUAUGACUCUGAAUCACAAAAUGCGCACGAUUUUCCGAACAAAAGAAACAAAAAAAAACUAUCCGUAGUCGAUACUUUUUUGGUUUAGUUUAGCCAACAGAAACUUGUGUCAGAUGUAACUGUACAUUGUGUAUAUUUUAAUGUUUGAUAAGCAACAUUGAUACGUAAAAUCAAAUGUUUUUUUCUUAUUUUUACUUUUUUUCUCUUCAAUUCUUCCUCUUUGUCGCAUGUUCGCGUUUGCACGGACCAACGACAAUCCAAUUUACAUGUAAAUAUUUAUAUGAACGUCGAAUCGGUGUUAGUAAUAAUAAUAAAUCAAUUGAUCCGA